AUGUCUGGAAGUCCUCCACAUAUCAUGGAUGACCGGAGGAAUCCUCGGACAGCACCCUUCUAUGCUGUUCCAUCCCGCCAGCUCGUGAGCGUUGAGCACCCUGCUCUUGUCCGCAGCUUCGACAAGGCCAUUGAAACCUUACAAGGGGAUGCAGGAAUCAAAUCCAUACUUGAUCCGGAAAAGGAAGAUCCACAGGUCAAUUUGGCGCUGCGGCCUGGCGAUGCCAUGGCUCGACCAGUCCAGUCAACCCAUGUGCCAUCAAACAAUGUCUUGCUGAAAGUGACCGUCCCUAAAAGGACAGGGAGAAAACGAAAGCUUGGCUCCGAUGGACCAUUUCAAGAUCCACCAGAGUCUGAAGCUGCAAACCCACGGCGACGCACUGCGAAGGAUCUCCUGCGCAGUCUGAGUGAUAACUCAUCCCAAUACCAAAUUGAGCCGGUUGGGAGUGUAGAGCACACUCAUGUGUUUCGAGUUGAUAAAAUGAAGCAAUUCGACAUCGAAAUGGACAAAGGUGCCCUAAAGAACGUGGACAUCAUCCCACCACCCUCGUUCAGUCACGGCGAUGUCCCAUUCCAUUACAUCUACCGCCAAAACCCAACCGUGAAGAAGAAAGUAACCCAAUCCGGCGAACUAGAAACCUUCAAUACCUCAACUGCGAGCAAAGUUCUUACACAUCUCGUUUCUUACGAUAUCCCCAUAGUUCCACAAAGGGCACGCGAGAGUCUUCCUCCCAUCGAAUCCCUGGAUGCCAGCAUGCAACAAACAAUCGCCGCCGUCCAAUCGCUCUAUGAAAUACACCCAGUCUGGACCCGCCGUGGUAUACGCAACAAUCUAUCCUCAGACGAGCAUCGCUCAAAUCUCCGCCACGCCAUUCCUUACAUAGGCUACAUCUUCCGAUCCGGACCAUGGCGCGACGCAAUCGUCAAGCUGGGUCUUGACCCUCGCACCUCCCCAGACUACCGCCACUACCAAACCUUCAUGUUCCGCCUAUUCUCCCGAGAAGCAGAAGUGGCGCGUGAUGGUGCUGGAGGACGACGUCACAACCUCCCUCGCCCCAGCGAGGUGCGCCUUGAUAAUUCGGACUCCUCUGCUGUUUCAGAAGGUCAUAUUUUCACGGGCAAACUUCCUUUCUCGCCAGAUGGCCGUAUCUGGAUGGUUGGUGAUAUCAAAGAUCCGCAGCUGCACGCAGUCCUGUAUCCCGAGAACCCGGGGCCUGAUUUCCUGCGCAAGGAGUGUGAUAUCGUCACUGAUGGCUGGUUCGGGAAUGGUACACUUGCAAAGGCUAAGACGGUCAUGAGAGCCAAGAUUGCAGUUCUAAUGGAAGGCCGGGAACCUGUUGACGAGGACUACUCUUUGGUUAUGACUCUUCCGGACCAUGCGUACUCGGAGGAAGAUUUCCCUUCUUUCACUCUCGAUCUUGAGACGAGCAGCAGUAAGGAGAUUGCAUUGGCUACGGAGGUGAGGUCUGCGAUCCGUGGAGCACCAAUGUGGAGGACUUUGACUGCUGGUAAAGAUAAGGAGAGGAAGGAAAAAGCAAAAGAGGAGAAAGAGAAGGAGAAGAAGAGAAAGGGGAAGAAGAAGGAUGAGGAAAAAACAGUUGAGUUUGAUCAGAGUGAAGGCGAGGAAGAGGAAAUUGAACGGCGGGAAUUGAUUGCCGAGCAGGUGGCAGCAGCGGCAGCAGCGAGGGACGCCGACGAGGCUAAUGGGGAGGGCGAGGGAGAUGGAGAUGAGAGUGAACGCAUGGACGAGGAUGAAGAUGAGUAA